AUGAGUUGGGAAGGUUUUAAAAAGGCUAUCAACAGGGCGGGGAACAGUGUCAUUGUCAAGGACGUGGACAAAACCAUCGAUAAGGAGUAUGAUAUCGAGGAACGUCGUUAUAAAGUGCUUCAGAAGGCAGGUGAGGCCCUACAAAAGGAAGCUAAAGGAUACCUGGAUUCCAUAAGAGCUGUAACGGCAUCUCAAGUUACUGUCGCCGAGGUGAUAUCCAACUUGUACGAUGACUCGAAGUAUAUAAGCAGCGGUGGCUACAACGUCGGUAACUAUUAUCUGCAAUGCGUUCAAGACUUUGACUCCGAGACUGUAAAACAAUUGGAUGGACCAUUCAGAGAGGCAGUGCUGGACCCCGUAUCGAAGUUCUCCGGCUAUUUCAAAGAAAUCGACGAGGCUAUCAAGAAGAGAGAGCAUAAAAAACAGGAUUAUGACGCCGCUAAGGCAAAGGUCCGUAGACUGGUUGACAAACCAGCUAAGGACGCUUCAAAGCUGCCAAGAUCCGAAAAGGAACUCGCAUUGGCUAAGGAUAUCUUCGACAAUUUGAACGAGCAACUAAAGCAGGAGUUACCUCAACUCAUUGCGCUGAGAGUUCCUUACUAUGAUCCAAGUUUUGAAGCAUUGGUAAAAAUUCAACUGAGAUUUUGCACAGACGGAUACACUAGACUCGCUCAAAUUCAACAAUACUUGGAUCAGCAAUCAAGAGAUGAUUAUGCUAAUGGUUUGCUAGAUGAUAAGAUAGCUGAUCUGUUGCAGCAGAUGCAAAGUCUGGAUAUCUGCUCUUUGGGCUUCAAAUGA